AUCGACGUGUGCGGCUUAAUUGACAUAGUUUUUGUGCGAAGAAUACCUAAAAGUGCGAGAGUUCCGAAAGAAGCGCUUUUUUUGUGGUCAAGGUGGCGAAAAGGACUUGCACCGCUAUUUUCCCUUACGCUUUGCUCCAAAUAUUCGUUCCUACUCACACACUCUCUGACUCUCUCUCACACACACACAAGCGCUUAUAUUUGGGCGUUGCAGGAUGAAAUACUCUCUCACUCGCUUUUUUUUUUUUCAAAAUCUCUUGAAUAAAUUUGCUCAAUUUGCUAAAUGUAUAUUGCAAACUGAUUUUAUUGUUUACCAAAUUUAGUUAACCCCGUUUUAGAAGCCAGUUUGUCUGUCUGCUACUUAAGCUAAAAUGUUUUUUAACAUCUCUAAUUGACGUUGCCUAACACUGCUCGCCCGCCUUCCAGUUUGAUUUUCUCUGUGCUUCUCUCCGUGUGCCGUUCUCUUUUGAGCUUCAUUCUUCGUCCAUUUGUCAACGUGCGCUGUUCGUCGGAUACGAUUUUGGAUUAAGUUCUCUCUCUCUCUGUGGCAUACAUAUGUGUGUUUGUAUGAAAUAGCUGCCGAAAACCGAGGUGCGAGAGCGAGAGUAUAUAUAUAAAAAACGCGUGCGUUCCCCCUCUAACAUACAUAGUGAGUGUGACCGUUGUUUUGUGACCUGUGCCUGUGUUUGUGGCCACUGGAGGAUCAACGAUUGUUCGAAGAAUUCGAAAAGUACCGACAUCAAUAGUAUUAUAACCACGCAACAAAUUCAAUUUUAAGCAUUUUAACUGAAAUACAAGAAAAAUAAAUCAUGACUGAAGUUGAGCAACCGCCACAGAAUGGAAUAGAUCCCACUGCCGGCGAAGAUGAUGACAACAGCAAAGCACGUCCCGCGGAUAUUGAACAGGAUAUGCGCGAAAUGGAGCGUCGUAAGAGGGUUGAGGCCAUCAUGGGCUCAAAGCUGUUCCGCGAGGAACUGGAGCGUAUCGUGGAUUCGGCCCGCGAUGGAGGAGCUGGUGCCAGUGGUAUCCUGCAGCAGCUGUCGGACAUUGUGGGCGUGCCGGUGUCGCGGGUGGGCAGCGUCUUUAAGAGCAGCAACUGCAUGGUGCCCAUCAAUGACAUACGAGGCGUUGAGUCCAUGGGCUACGCCAAGGGCGAAAAGAUACUCAGGUGCAAGCUGGCUGCCACAUUCCGUCUGCUCGAUCUGUACGGCUGGACCCAAGGUCUGGGGGCACAGAUCACGGCUCGACUAAAGGUCGACCAGGAGUACUUCUUGGUUAAUCCGUAUGGCCUGCUCUACCACGAGAUCACUGCCUCGGCGCUGAACAAGGUGGACAUGCAGGGCCAGAUCGUGGAGCAGGGCACCACAAACUUUGGCGGCAACAAGAGUCACUUUGUCCUCCACUCGGUGGUACACGCUGCCCGUCCAGAUAUUCGCUGCGCCAUCUACAUCGGCUGCAGUCCAGUAGUGGCCAUUUCCUCUCUUAAAACCGGAUUGCUGCCUCUGACCAAGGAUGCUUGUGUCCUGGGCGAGAUCACCACUCACGCUUACACCGGCCUGUUCGAUGAGGAGGAGCGUAAUCGCUUGGUCCGAAGCCUCGGCCCCAACUCCAAGGUCAUUCUUCUAGCCAACCACGGUGCGUUAUGCUGCGGCGAGACCAUCGAGGAAGCCUUCUUCGCCGCCUGCCACAUUGUCCAGGCGUGCGAGACCCAACUGAAGCUUUUGCCCGUCGGACUGGAUAACUUGGUGCUGAUUCCAGAGGAGUCGCGUAAGGCUAUCUAUGAGCAGUCGCGCCGACCUCCAGAGGAUUUGGAGAAGAAGUUUGCCGCCGUUUCGGCAGGCGAAGACGGUGCUGCCGAAGCGGCUGAAGCUGCCGUGCCUAAGGUAGGCAGUCCGCCCAAGUGGCGUGUAGGCGGUGCUGAAUUUGAGGCCUUGAUGCGCAUGCUGGACAAUGCUGGCUACCGCACUGGCUAUAUCUACCGUCAUCCUCUGAUCAAAUCAGAUCCUCCCAAGCCUAAGAACGAUGUGGAAUUACCGCCAGCUGUUUCAUCUCUGGGCUAUCUUCUCGAAGAGGAGGAGCUCUUCCGUCAAGGAAUCUGGAAGAAGGGAGAUAUACGCAAGGGAGGUGACCGCAGCCGGUGGCUGAACUCACCCAACGUUUACCAAAAGGUCGAGGUCCUGGAGACCGGCACUCCGGAUCCGAAGAAGAUAACAAAGUGGGUGGCUGAGGGCUCUCCCACCCAUUCAACGCCAGUGAGGAUAGAAGAUCCACUCCAGUUUGUGCCUGCAGGAACAAAUCCAAGAGAGUUCAAGCGUGUCCAGCAACUAAUUAAGGACAAUCGCCGGGCGGAUAAGAUUUCCGCUGGACCACAGUCGCAUAUUCUAGAGGGCGUAACAUGGGAUGAGGCUAGCCGACUCAAGGAUGCAACAGUCUCACAGACCGGCGAUCAUGUGGUCAUGAUGGGUGCCGCUUCCAAGGGAAUCAUCCAGCGUGGUUUCCAGCACAAUGCCACGGUGUACAAGGCUCCGUAUGCCAAAAACCCAUUCGACAAUGUUACGGACGAUGAACUCAAUGAAUACAAGCGCACAGUGGAGCGUAAGAAGAAAUCGGUUCAUGGUGAAUAUACCGACACAGAUUUUUCGGAAUCAGAGGCGGUCCUGCAGGCGGGGACAAAGAAAUACCCACAAAGUGAACCAGAGACCGAGCACCAGGUCAUUGAGAUCCAAACACAGCAAGCGCCAGUGCCACGACAGGCGGAAGUAGUGCUGAGUGAUGGUAAUCCAAAAAGUAAUCCCUAUGAAGGGGACAAGGAGAAUCAGCAUCGUGGGCGGGACAGGAUCUCGACCGGUAACAGCAAGUGCCGGCGGGAUCUAUUUCCAACUAAAGCUGAGGAUCCUAUACCGCCACCUGAGCAGAUAUAUUCCUACGUCUACGCCACUUCAUUGGGACACUGCGCCCAACCGCAGGUGUGCUCAGCUUUGCUGCGGGCUCUCCACAGCGAGCAGUUGGGUUACCUGGCCAGUUGUUAUCGCGGUGGAUCUGGGCACUCGGCUGCCACUACCGGCAGUACAUGUACUAUAACCAGUGCGACGUGUUCUUCGGGCACAUCUCGUAGGCCAUUGAAGCCAGCGAAUAUAAUGGAACCAUCACCCUAUCGCACGGGAUCCCAUUUUGGUUUUAAUUCACCACGACAGCAACCACACACUGAGCAUAAGCAUUUGCCAAAGGAAAGGGAUCAACAGGCCCUGGGAUACAGGCCCAUGCAGAGAGGCAUCAGCUAUGAGGAGAUCUUCGCCACACCUCGCUAUGACCAGCUGUGUCAGGUUUGCUUCGACAAAUUACUGCGCCUUAAGCCCGAGCUGCAGAGGAUUGGAGGCGGAACAGCUACUAGUAGUUGUGCAGAUGAGCUGACCAGCGCAGGAAGUACUCCUUUGCAGCGCCGUCAAUUGCCAACGCUGCCAGAGCUAUACGACAAUUUUGGGGAAAUGUUGGCAUUGCCCGAACUUCCAAAGAUCCUACGGAAUGCACAGACACAAACUCAAGACGUGUCCUCCGCCUCAUCCACCAUAAACUUCCUCCGGCAGAUCGAAAGAUUCAACUUUUCGGAAGAAUCGACGAAUGUUAAUUUUCAUCCGGAUCACAUCAAUAGUGAUAAUAGCCUUAUGUUGGUGGAGCAGGCAACUUCAAGUGUGGCUGCUAGUGCCACCAGUGUGGCUCCUCAAAGGAUUUUCGGUGCACAGCAAGCUGAUAUAACGGAAGUCUGGAGCUUUGGGCGUUGGUUGGAACCACAGGACAAGUUAAUAUCGACUUAUGCCGAUGAGUUUGUGCAGAGGCCAUUGACUGAGCAUAGGAUUACCUUGGAAAUAAAGGAGACACCGACUGGUGAACAAGUAGUUGGAAAUCCAGUGGAUCGUCAAUUGAUGUGCCGUGAAGAGCGCCAGCGUCGCAAGUCUGAGUUCCAAGAGCUGUGGCAAGAACAUGUCGAUUACUUUGAGGCCAAGGAGCAGAUGCAGCACGAGCAACAGACUAUAGAUGAUCAAGAACCUAGUUCUCAUGAUCAAUUGAGCACGCAUCGUGAACUGGAGAAUGGCGAUCUUAAUGAAACUGAGGCCCAUGUUAUGCUUGAUAAUAUCCAGGAUGAGACCCUGACUGAAGCAAGCGACGAAUUACCAAAAAUCCUGCAGAAGUUCGAAGAAAGUUUAACCGUAGCAGGUGAAAAUUUAGAAAAGUUAGUGGCUACCACCAUGAAGCUGCAGGAAUAUGAAGCAUGUACCACCACCAGCUCUCCUGUUGAAGUAGACCCAGUCGUUCCUUGCUCUUUAUACCGUUCGAUAAGUUUGGAGAACAUUCCUAAUGCCGAUGAUAAUGUAUGCCUACAUGAACCAGUUUUGGCUUCCAAUUCCAAUAGUUGCACAGCGAUCAACUUAGAACAAGAGGAAAAACGCGACGACGAGAAACCAGUGACUCCAAUAUCAACGGAGCCAGAGGAGUCCACUGAUAAAGAGAAGGAUCGUCACGAUGAGAAAGACAUCGAUGACGUGGAAGUAGAGGAGGGACUUCAACAGACUACUGGAGAAACUAUGGAAGUCUGUAACUUGGAGAACGACAACCAGUUUUUCACUCCGCUUGAGCGCGAGGUCCUCCAGCGCAUUGAGGACGAGAGACUUAGCGAGAGCGAGCCCAUAUUUGAGAAGAUUGAUCACAGUAUUCGUAACAAAAUGACGCCUAAGAAACUGCAAGACUUGGUCACUGAGGAGAUCUUUCGCACUUGCACUCAUGUUUACCCUAACCCAACACAGGGCACCCCUAUGACUCCGAGUGGUUCCUCGCUGUCUGCUCAUAACAUUAGUGCUCCUAGUAGCUCUAUGGCUCAUAAUCACCUUGUUACCCGACCAACGCCCCGGAUGUCGCGAUCCUGGUCGGAGGAUCAGCAAAGUGAGAAGAACGAGGAGGAGGAACAUAAAGUCACUGAUGAAGAGACGCCUCUAGAGCGAAUCAUCUCCUCCACCACUUUUGUGUGCAGGAGCAGUCCGCGCAGAAAGCGUAACUUUAUUCAGGAGAACAUUCGCAAUGCCAGCAGGCCAAAAAGUGCCACCGGAUCAAUUAGAAAACAUAGGAGCAACAUAGUUACUUCUCCCGGAUCGGGACCAUCGUCGGUGUGCGCCUUUCAGUGUGGACAGCGGGACAGUGGCGCCCGUUUAUGGGUUUCCUUGCCAACACCUCCACGCGGAACAUCAGAUCAAACGCGGGAUAACGCGAAGAGUUCUGCACGGGCGUUGUACACCGUUCGCGGUGGCAUGUCCUCGCCGUUUGCCAAACGUCGCAAGCCCGUGAUUACUCUUCCGCCUUUAAGUCGGCAUCUGCAUGGGGGAAAUCAUCGUGCCCAAAAUCCAGAAUUAAGCUCAUCGAAUCUAUCCCUGCAUCGAACUCUUUCCAGUAGUACAUUCUUUAUAGCUGAUGAAGAACUUGGAAAUUCUGAUAACAUUUCAACUACCACCUUUCAGAUGGAGGAGGAAAGUCAGGAGGAAAAGCAGGUGGAUAAUGAGCGGAGUGAAGAGGAAUCCCCGACUUCGCAUAAUAAAGGAAAUGCCACUAAUAGCUCCGUGUACUACAGCGCAAAUGACAACACACAUGAGGAGGAAGAAUCCACUCAGGCAAGCGGAGAAACAACCGAAGAGGAUCCAGGAGAAAUGCAAUUUGCACCGAAACCUAUUCAGGAUGUCACAGAAUAUUCUCCAUUUCCAGAUAAUUCAUCCGAUAAAUCUUUCGAAAUGACAAUGACAGCUAACGAUCAAACAGAAGACUCAUCGUCCCAGAAAGUGGAAAUGGAAUCAACAAAUUUUGAAUCCCAAACGAACAGCCAGGACCAGGUUAUAACCGAUUCUGAUUUAACAACAUCGCAGCCAGAUUUCUCUAGCCAAAUCGAGGAUGAAACAUCUUUGGAAGAGCCCACACGUUUAACUGGUGGAUCAGAGGCCCAACAAAAAUCUCAAAAUUUUAGGGGAAGUGAUGAUGUCGGAGGAGAAGAAACCAAUCCGGAAAAUAGGCAACAGAAAAAGAAAAAGAAGAAUCGAUCUAGCAGCGACUCCGGGCAAUUCCUCUCCUCAGCAAACGAAUUAAAUCGAAUGGAGAAAAGGUACGCCGAAUCUGACAAUGACACUGACUACUGCAAUGAGGAAGUCAUCAGUGUGGUGAAAGCCAAAAAUGAUAAGGGUUUGGCUAACAAUGACGACGAACCCUCAACCUCAAAAGCGGCGAUGGAAAAAGAUCGUUUAGAUGGCGGAGCGGAGACCAACCAGCUUUCAACUGAUGAAGAUGUGGACUCCGUCACCCUGGAUACAGUUUGCGUUGUACAGGGUCUGAAUAUGUUUGUCCAGGAGGUAGAGCCGAAAAGACAGGAGAGAUCAAAUGAAAAUAUCAAGACAAUAGAAAGUUUUAAGGAUGGGUUGGUAAAGGAAGAUGAUGAGGCCAGUGGUCCAGAGACAGAGAAACCAGGAGAUGAUAAAAAAUAAAUUAUUUUUUGGGAAUUUAAAUAUUGAGGAACAGAAGAUCAGAAUUGGAGUUCUUUCUUGAGUUUUUUUUUCUGCAUUUUAUAUUUGCAUAUGAUUUUAACACUGCUUGUCGUGAACUUUAAUUUGAUUUUAUUUUGUAAUUUUUUAAGUAACAUUAUAAUCCUUCAUUUAUUCUGAACUCAUAUGUUGUAAUGUAAUGUGGUUUACAGCGAAAAUAAAAGUUGAUAUAUUGGUGAACCUAUCUACUUACGGUUAAGGGUUUAAUAUUUUAAGGGGCAAAGAAAUACAUGUUAUAAUAUAUGUUUAAAAAGAAAAUAUUGUAAUCUUAAUGAAAUAUUAUAUAAGUCUUAGUAGUAAAUACCCCCUCCCAAUGUCUUAGAAUUGUAAACACCUGUUUUCCAGUGUUAGAUAUUGAUUCCCGUACAUCCCGUCCGUCGUGAGCGUUACUCGGAUACUUCAGAUG